AUGGUGUCCGCAUUCGUCCUUGCGGCUUCGGCCUUCGUCGCUGUCGCCCAUGCACAGACAAUCGAGACCUCCAGCGCUUCUUCAGUAGCUGCCUCUACCACUGUCUCCCAAGUCAUGCCUCCGGUCGCGACGGCGUCCUUCAAUCCUGCUGGUGUCGACUCAACCACUGCAUUCAACUGGUGCCAUGCUCAACUGAAUACUUGCCCUCAAAUCUGUGGUGGAGCUGCCUCGCAGAAUCAGUGUGACGAUACCGCUUUCACCUACACCUGUGUCUGUGCGAAUGGUACAGUGCCAGAUUGCACCGCCUUCACCGAGACCCUCCCCUUCUACAUCUGUCAAGAAUCAUACAUCCAAUGUAUCAACAACAACCCGAACGACGCUCAGGCCCAGUCAGUGUGUGCUUCGAAUGAGCAGUGCGGCACUCGCAACGCUACUGCCGAGGCCCUUGCCGCCUCAUCUGCUGCGGCGACUACUGCGGCUGCUACCACGAGUGCUGCAGCAUCCUCUUCCGCCGCCCCUUCUACUAGUUCUAGUUCCGCGAGCGCCACUGCUGCGAGCGCCACUGCCUCUGCGACUCAGAGUGGACUGGCUGCGGCCGGUCUUUCUCAGCAACUCACCACUGGCGCUUUUGCUGCGCUCCUGAUGGCUGCGUUCAAGCUUUUCCUCUAG